CCGCUUCAACAACAAACACGCUUCUUCACCAUCGCUCCUCGACGUCACAAACAGACCCAAGGCGCUCCCACUCCGCAGUCCUCUACCCACCCAUCCAGAACCUUCUCCACACUCUCAUCGCCUUUAGAAGCCCCCGCCUCCCCACGAUCAAAUCGCAGCCAUGUCGGUCGUGAGCCUUCUCGGUGUGGAGGUUAAGAACAAUCCCGCCGCAUUUGACGCGCCAUACGAGUUCGAAAUCACUUUUGAGUGCCUGGAGCAGCUGCAGAAAGAUCUCGAGUGGAAGUUGACCUACGUUGGCUCCGCGACAUCCUCCGAAUACGACCAAGAACUCGACUCAGUCCUUGUCGGCCCCCUCCCCGUUGGGAUCAACAAAUUCGUCUUUCGCGCCGACCCUCCUGACCUAUCGCGCAUCCCCAACAGCGAGAUCAUCGGCGUGACGGUCAUUCUUCUGAGCUGCAGUUACGAGGACAGAGAGUUUGUGCGAGUUGGAUACUAUGUGAACAACGAGUAUACGGACGAGGCGCUCCAGUUGGAGCCGCCAGCGAAACCGAUCAUUGAGAAGGUGCGGAGGAGCAUUUUGGCCGAGAAACCGCGCGUUACGCGCUUUGCCAUCAAAUGGGAUUCGGAGCAGGACGCUCCCCCAGAAUUCCCCCCGGACCAGCCCGAAGCCGACGAAGGCGUGGCAGACGGCGACCAAUACGGCAUUGAGGAAGAAGAGGAGGAAGAAAUUGAAGCCGAGGGAGCACCGGCCGAAGGCGAAGACGCUGAAAUGGCCGGCGGCGAAGAGACCGCUGGACCCGCGGCUGACGAAGAACCAGUUUCUGAAGCCGAUGGCGAGGAAAUUGACAUUGAGGAGAGCGAGGGAGAAGACGAAGAGGAAGAAGAGGGCGAGGGCGAAGGCGAUGAUGACAUGGAAAUGGAUGAGGCUGAGCCCGCGAAUGGUGAAAAGCAUCCCGAGCAGCAGAUUCCGCAUAACGCCGACGUUAUGGUGCACUAGAUUAUCGCUUUAGUGUACCAUGUGCUGACUAGAUCUUCUUGUUGCCAUCUAGGUCGCGGUUCACGACGUCCAUAUAUCCCCAGAGAACCGAUCUUCCAGGGGCUUAAAAUUGACGAAAUGACUGGGAUGAUAGGCAUACGGUUUUCGGAACACAUUUAAUUUAGCGGUUUCGUUACGGGAUGGCAAUUAAGAGUUGCUUGGAUGGCUACUCAACGGGCUGAUAUUUUUUCUCUGUAUGCGUUUCAUUUAGUAACCCUACUUGGGAUAGAUAUUCGGAUUGAAUGCAAGCGACAAAAUAUGUCU